GCGGGGUCCGGGGUUCGGCGCGAUCGCUCAGGGCAGGACAUGAUAGGUGGAAAAGAAUCCUGCACUUCAGGACCGAUACCAAUGACCGACCUCAGCUGCCUUGUCUAUGGACUGGAAGAAUGGACUGUUGUGGAGUUCCUGAAGCAAUACCUUUUUCAUUUGAUCAUUGCCUCACUCACAAUUAGUGCAAUAUUAUUUUUUUUUAUAGUUCCUUUAACAAUUGGCUUUUUCAUUUACCUUUCUAAUAUUUCACUUUUAAUAUAUCAGAGGAACAGUGAGUUAGAAGCAGAUCCCUUGAGUGAUGUUUGGGACAGAGCAAGGAAAACCAUAGCAAGUUUUUGGGAUAUAUAUGCAAGAAUAUGGCAUGGUUAUGAGCUUCAUGGUGUGGAAAACCUACCAGAAGGACCAGGCAUUCUUGUGUAUUACCAUGGAGCUAUUCCUGUAGACUACCUUUACUUUUUGUCGAGGCUGUUUCUCUGGAAGAAAAGACUUUGUCUGUCAGUAGCUGAUCAUUUUGUCUUUCGUUUACCAGGACUUAAAUUGUUAUUGAGAGUGACAGGUGUUAUACCAGGCACAAGGGAGAAGUGUCUCCUUGCACUCAAGAAUGGAUACUUGGUGUCCAUCUCACCAGGUGGAGUUAGAGAAGCACUAUUCAGUGAUGAAAGUUACCAACUCAUGUGGGGAAAUAGAAAAGGUUUUGCUCAGGUUGCUCUAGAUGCAAAAGUGCCCAUCAUUCCAAUGUAUACUCAAAAUGUCCGUGAAGGCUAUAGGACAUUUAAAGAAAGAAGAUUUUUUAGACAGUUAUAUGAAAGUACUCGAUUGCCUUUUAUUCCUCCAUAUGGAGGACUUCCAGUCAAAUUUCGCACGUACAUUGGGAAGCCAAUCCCUUACGAUCCAAAUAUAACUACAGAGGAAUUAGUUGAAAAGACAAAGACUGCUGUCCAGGCUCUUAUAAGAAAGCACCAAACACUUCCAGGCAACAUAUGGAAGGCUUUACUGGAGCGAUUUGAUAAACGUCGUAAAAGCGAUUAGAAUGCUUAUGUUUAUUUUGUUGUUUUUACAG